ACCUCUGCCUCUUUGGCCCUGCUGUUUCCCCCCGCCCUCUCCGCGCCGGCGCUGGCGCCGGUAGCGACUGCGCGCGCAGAGCCUGAGCAGGCGCCGGCGGGAAGGGGAAGAGGCGGGUAAGAACGGCCUGCGUCCGGGUGCGACCAUGACAGGGUUGGGAAUGUCCUCUUCGGCUCUCACAGCUCUUGGGACCCCUAAGGAGGGGAGCCUCUGGAACCGGUUCCUCAUGCAGCUCAGGCGUGCCUCUGAUAGUCGAAAUGUUUCCGCCCUCACCUUUCGUUAGGUCUGGUCCGCUCCGCUCCUGCGUCUCCUUUCCCCACCCCCACCGGGGAAUCCUCAGGCCCCUAGCCUGUCCGCUAGCCCCAGACAAGUCUCACUUGCCUUACCCGCCAUUUAGGUAGUGCCCAGUGUUUAUCUGCUUGUAGUGUCGCGGUAGCUGUGACUCUCCAGGUCCCCAAUUCAAACACACAAAGAGCCUCGUUUUUUUGACGCUUGCUGUUUCUGACACCCUUUGCUGAAGGAGCUUCCCGAUGCUCUCAGCAAUGAAGUCAAGGCCACCAGACAGAUCUUCUUUACUUCCGAGCAUCUCCAUCUAAUUAUCUGCCUUUCAUGGUUUGGUUUCUUGAGGGUAGGACCAGAUUAUGGGCAACAGUUCUUUUAAUUAAUCUGUCAUCAUCAUGGCUAAUGAGGACUGUCCCAAGGCUGGUGAUAGUCCUUUUUCAUCGGAUAAACAUGCCCAACUCAUCUUGGCCCAGAUCAAUAAAAUGAGGAAUGGAGAGCAUUUCUGUGAUGUGCAGCUGCAAGUUGGGAAGGAAACUUUUAAAGUUCAUCGGCUGGUGCUGGCUGCCAGUAGCCCUUACUUUGCAGCUUUGUUUACUGGAGGAAUGAAAGAGUCCUCAAAAGAUGUUGUACAGAUUCUAGGAAUUGAAGCUGGAAUCUUUCAAAUACUUCUAGAUUUCAUAUAUACAGGUAUAGUGAACAUAGGCGUGAAUAAUGUCCAGGAGUUGAUUGUUGCAGCAGACAUGCUACAGUUGACUGAAGUUGUUAAUCUUUGCUGUGAAUUUCUGAAAGGACAAAUUGAUCCACUGAACUGCAUUGGGAUCUUUCAGUUCUCUGAGCAAAUUGCCUGCCAUGAUCUUUUGGAAUUCACAGAAAACUACAUUCAUGUCCAUUUCUUGGAGGUUCACAGUGGGGAAGAGUUCCUGGCACUUACAAAAGAUCAACUGAUCAAAAUUUUGCGAAGCGAAGAGCUUAGUAUUGAGGAUGAAUAUCAGGUCUUCUUAGCUGCAAUGCAAUGGAUUCUGAAGGAUCUGGGAAAAAGAAGAAAAUAUGUGGUGGAAGUGCUAGAACCAAUUCGAUUCCCUUUAUUACCUCCUCAGAGGCUUUUAAAGUAUAUUGAAGGAGUGUCCGAUUUCAAUCUUCGUGUUGCGUUGCAAACACUUUUGAAAGAGUACUGUGAGGUGUGCAAAUCUUCCAAAGAGAACAAAUUUUGUAAUUUUCUGCAGACAUCUAAGGUUCGACCUCGGAAGAAAGCAAGAAAGUACCUGUAUGCAGUAGGUGGAUAUACUCGGUUGCAGGGGGGUCGUUGGAGUGAUAGCAGAGCCCUCAGCUGUGUAGAACGUUUUGACACCUUUAGCCAGUACUGGACCACUGUGUCUUCACUUCAUCAGGCUCGAUGUGGGCUGGGAGUAGCAGUUCUGGGAGGGAUGGUUUACGCUAUUGGAGGUGAGAAGGAUUCAAUGAUUUUUGACUGUACUGAAUGCUAUGAUCCGGUUACUAAACAGUGGACAACUGUAGCUUCAAUGAAUCACCCCCGCUGUGGCUUGGGAGUGUGUGUGUGUUAUGGGGCUAUCUAUGCUUUGGGUGGAUGGGUUGGAGCUGAGAUAGGGAACACCAUUGAACGAUUUGAUCCUGAUGAAAAUAAAUGGGAAGUAGUUGGCAACAUGGCUAUGUCACGCUACUACUUUGGGUGUUGUGAAAUGCAAGGUUUAAUUUACGUAAUUGGGGGCAUCAGCAAUGAAGGAAUAGAGCUUCGUUCUUUUGAAGUAUAUGAUCCACUUUCUAAGCGUUGGUCUCCACUUCCUCCAAUGGGAACCAGGAGAGCAUAUCUUGGAGUGGCUGCACUUAAUGAUUGUAUCUAUUCUGUUGGAGGAUGGAAUGAGACACAAGAUGCUCUUCAUACUGUAGAAAAAUAUUCCUUCGAAGAGGAAAAGUGGGUUGAAGUUGCUUCGAUGAAAGUGCCUAGAGCAGGCAUGUGUGUUGUGGCAGUUAAUGGGCUUCUGUAUGUUUCUGGAGGUCGAUCUUCCAGCCAUGAUUUCUUGGCCCCAGGUACCUUGGACUCUGUUGAAGUUUAUAACCCUCAUUCAGAUACAUGGACAGAAAUCGGUAACAUGAUCACCAGUCGUUGUGAAGGUGGUAUUGCUGUACUAUGAAAUAUAAAGCAUAAGGGAGCACAAGAAACAUUUUGAAAAUAAAAUGUUUGCAAAUCACAUAUGUAUUUGGUGAUAGGACCCUCUGAUUCUGUUGAGUUUUCCAUGUAUUUGAUAGGUUAGAUGACUAAAGAAUGAUUUCUCUAAGAAUUUGAGUGAGAGGAGAUAUGGAACAUAUCCUAAAUUAAUAAAGAACUCACACAAAUUUGUUAAGCUUACCAAUAGCAAUGCUGUUUUUGCUCUAGAAUUUUCCCCUAAGGGAAGAGUCCUAAUUGUAAAAAUGAUUUGCUAGAAGCUUCUUGGCUAAUAGCCCCUUUACCUGUUUCUCCGGGGCAAGCCAAGCUGUAACAUGACCCUUAUGUGAUACAAGAAUUUGAGUGAGACAGUUUAAAGAUGUCUGUACAUUCAUGAUUCAGUCCAUAGCUCCAUGGCCAUAGUUGAACCUACAGAGAAAAGCCAAUGAAACAACUCCCUACUUUCAUUUGAUGCCAGGAGUUUUCAAUAGCCCCAGACUUUUUAUUAGCAGCAGAUACACUGGGAGGGACAUGUGGGAAAUAUCUAGCUAUCUGUAUAGAUGUUUAUAUAGAUUGAUACAUUUUUGCCUAUUGUUCACAGGGUUAAAAAAGCUUCUGUUCACUUAUAUUUUUUGUCUUAAUGCUGAAAAUGCAAGUGAGGAAUUACUAGGAGGUUCUUAGUGAUAGUCUAUUAGUGCAAUUGGAUAAUAUAAUGGGUAACAGAGCCUAGUGGGAGGUUAACACCUAUUUUCUAAAUAGUUCUUAGUUUGGCUUUGGGAAGAGGGAAUUUUAUUACACCAUCAACCUUGGUAAAGCUUACUUAUACUUGAGCAAGCCUAAGUAUGAACUUAGUACAAAGCCUACUGCCUUGCUUGGAAAAAGUGGAAUUGUAGGUACCUAUGAAGCUUUUAUAGACAUUGUUAAGUUAAAGGACUCUGAUCCAAAACUGCUUCUCAGAACUUUUCAUUUUUCACCUGAGAAACAUUCUAAAGAAUGUUUUCUGUCCAGUUCUGAGGAACAUUCUUUGUGUACAUGAUCAUUAUUUUAUUUAUUUCCACUAGUCGUUUGGAACCAUACAUAUUAAAGGUCUUGCAUACAUUUACGUUUACCUAGUGAUUCCAGGAUUUGAUUUGUAUAUCCCUGAUUUCCCUUUUUCUUUACUAAAGUUCUUCAGGGUAUUGUUAACAGGGAUCAGCAGCUUAUUUAGAUACACAAUCUUUGGUAAGCAUUAAAGACUUAGCACUCAUAUCCAAAAUAUUUGGAUUGGCCCACAAGGGUACUUUCUUCCAUAACUUAACCAUAUGCAUGUAUUAAGAAAAGCCCAAGUAGUGCAGACACAAAGCUCUGUGUCCCUUUCUUUGGGGUAUCCUGAAAGUCUGAAGUGUCAUAGAUGCUUGGCUGAGACCUAUAAAAUGUCAAGGAAUGAAGUAUCAAGAUCAUUUGUAAAUUAUUGAAGCUCUAAUUUAUGUGCCUUUAAUAUUUCUAGUUAUAGAAAAUCUGCAUUCUGGUUCAAAAGAGAUUUAAAAAAUACUACUGUAAUUUAGUUCCCAUUAUUGCCUGGUGCCAAACUAAAAUGGCACUGUGAGGGAGGCAUUUUGUAUUGUGGUGGCAGAAACCUGUCAAGACAAUCCAUGUUUGGGCUUAACAGGUCCAGACAAUCUCUGUAAAUAGAUAAUUGUAAAAAUGCUUAUUAUUUUUUGGGUAGUGACACUGUUUUAAAAAUAAUGUACUAAUAAAGUAUGUUGAUUUUUG